UGACACCUUGGGGCAGCAGCGUGGGGGGACCCCACUGCACCCCCAGAAUUAGACGAGGGUAGGGGUUGCUGCACCCAGAGGUGCAGUGGAAUGCGGGGGGGGGGUGCUGAGUGAGGGGUGCUGCACCCCAAAAACUGGGCACCCCCAACGUUGAGGCACCCCAAGGGCCAUGCACCCCAAAAUCUGAGCACCCCAAAGUGCCAGGCACCCCAGGGUGCUCCCCAAGGGGCUCGGCACCCCCAAAUGUGAGCACCCCAAGAUAAGGAGCACCCUAAAAUGCCACUAAGUGAGGUGCUGGGCACCCCAAAAUGCUGGGCACCCCACCAAACCAGGCACCCCAAAAGGGUUUGCACCCCAACAUUCAACGCAACUCGAUGGACCCGGCAACCUUUGGGCACCCAAAGACGUGCACCCCAAAGGGUUGAGCAACCUAAAGGGUCAAGACACCAACACGUGCACCCCAAAAGGUUGGGUACCCCAAAGAGUUGGACCCCAAAGCUUGGGCACCCCAUAAGGUCCUACACCCCAAGAUGUGCGCCCUGAAGGGUUCUGCACCCCAAAGGGUUCUGCAGCCCAAGGUGUGCACCCCAAAGGGUGGAGCAACCUAAGGGUUGGGAACCCCAUGAUGAUGUUCACCCCGAAGAGUUGAGCACCCCAAAACUUGCACUCCAAGGGGUCAGGCACCCCAAGAUGUGCACCCCAGGAGGGUUCUGCACCCCAAGAUGUGCUCCCCAAAAGAUUUCUGCACCCCAAGGCGUGCACCCCAAAGGGUUGAGCACCCCAAGAUAUGCACACAAAGGAGCACCCCAAGAGGGUUGUGCACCUCAAGAUGUGCACCAUGGAGGGUUGGGCACCCCAAGAUGACGUGCACCCCAAGACGUGAGCCUCAAAGGAUUGAGGGACCUAAAGGGUUGGGCACCCCAAAGGGUUGGGCACCCCAAGAUGUGCACCCCAAGACGUGUACCUCAAAGGGUUGAGCACCCCAAAGGGUUGGGCACCCCAAGAUGUGCACCUCAAAGGGUUGACCAUGCCAAGACGUGCACCCCAAAAGGUUGGGCAGCCAAAAGGGCUGUGCAACCUAAAGGGUCAAGCACCCCAACACGUGCACCCCAAAGGGUUGUGCACCCCAGAAGGUUGUGCACCCCAACACGUGCACCUCAAAGGGUCGAGCACCCCAAGAUGUGCACACGAAAGGGUUGGGCACCCCCAAAGGGUUGUGCACCUCAAGGUGUGCACCCCAAAGGGUUGAGCAACCUAAAGGUUCAAGCACCCCAAAGGGUCGGGCACCCCAAGACGUGCACCCCAAAGCAUUGGACACCCCAAAGCACUGGACACCCCAAGAUGUGCACCCCAACACAUGCACCUCAAAGGGUUGGUCACUCCAAGGCAUGCACCCCACAAGGUUGGGCACCCCAAGACGUGCACCCCAAGACAUGCACGCCAAAGGGUUGGGUACCCCAAGACACGCACCCCAAAGGGUUGGUCACUCCAAGACGUGCACCCCAAAGGGACGUGCACCCCAAAGGGUUAGUCACCCCAAGACACGCACCCCACAAGGUUGGGCACCCCAAGACGUGCACCCCAAGACAUGCACCCCAAAGGGUUGAACACCCCAGAGGUUGUGUACCUCAAGACAUGCACCCCAAAGGGUUGGGCACCCCAAGAUACGCACCCCAAAGGGUUGGGCACCCUAAGACAUGCACCCCAAGACAUGCACCUCAAAGGGUUGAGCACCCCAGAGGUUGUGCAGCUCAAGACGUGCACCCCAAAGGGUUGAGCGACACAAGGGUCAAGCACCCCAAAGGGUUGGGCACCCCAAGACGUGCACCCCAAAGGAUCGGGCUCCCCACGCUCUUCGCCCUGAGGUGCCAUGCGCCCCUCAGCAUCCUGCCUGCCCCGCUGCUGGGCGCCCCGCGGGGGGCUUGCACCCCAAAAGGCCGUGCACCCCCCAAGAUGCCCCCCCCGAAAUCCUCUUGGGGUGUAGAUGAGGACCCCUUCACCCUCUGCCAUCACCCCGCCAGUGCCGGAACCCAUCCUUACAAGAUGGGGAAACUGAGGCAAGGAGCCACCACUGCCCCAGCCCUGAGGAUGGAGCCUUCAUCAUCCUCCUCCUCCUCCCCCCGAGGCCCAGCAGGGAUCUGGGGGGGGGGGGGGCUGUCCCGCACCCCUGCGAGACCGAGAGGGGGACCCCCCCGACCCCCCCAAACCGCAGCCCCCCCAGAGCGAGCAGCAAAUUCACAGAGGGGACAACACCAAGAAAAGAAAUGA